UACACCAACCAAACUGGACUGGAUGGGCUGCAAUUACUUGAAAGUUGGUGCAUCGCUGUUGAUCUUGGCACCGUCGACAUCACCUGUGUUUCAGAAUCCCACGUUUAUGGAUGGCCCAGUCACAGCCUGAGGCAAAUCUGAUCAAUUCGUUGAACAUGAGGCACAGCCUCUUCAAGACCCAACGACUGACACCCCACACUCAUCACUAUCUUCAUGGAACGUCUUUUCACCUCACCUUACGGUAUAUAACAACACUGACUCACCAAUGUUGCCAAGUUCAGCCGAUAAGCCACUGAAGAAUCAAAUGAGUGAACCGGGGGCAGAGAAGCUGUAACGUUCGAGGCUUAUUCAAACUCCUUCCAUUUUUUCUAUCAUUCGCUCCACGGCAUCUCUCAUCAAUUUGAUAUCAUGGACCCCUCAUCACCGCCGCCGCCAGCCUACUCAGAAAGGCCUCCAAUACCUCCCCGAAAGCCAGUCAACUCCUCAACUUCAGCGAUUUACCAGACACCACCUUCUGCUGCGUCUUCAUCGACAUCAACUCCUGGACCAUACAUGCAUACUCUUUCUUCUGGACCAUGGCUUGGCCCAGAUCCACGAUCUUCGUCCACACAGUCUCUGCUACCCGACACUUCUCGAGAUAGCCAGGCCGCAACCCCUGCUGAUUACCUAGGUCGGCGCAAACUUCUGAUCAUCUACAUUCAUGGAUUCCUAGGCAACGACCAGUCUUUUCGAUCGUUUCCUGCCCAUGUUCAUGCUCUUCUGGCCAAUCUCCUCGCCGAGUCUCAUGUCAUUCACUCAAAGAUUUAUCCGCGGUACAAGACCUAUCGCUCAGUAGGCGUCGCACGAGAUAACUUCAGCGAGUGGCUUCGUCCCCAUGAGUCCCCAAACACUGAUGUAGUUCUUGUUGGGCAUUCGAUGGGAGGUAUCCUGGCUGCCGACGUUGUACUUAUGCCCAACCCAAGUCCAUAUGGUUUAUACCCUUUCAAGCACCGAAUUAUAGGACAUGUAUCUCUGGAUUGUCCAUUCAUUGGCCUUCAUCCUGGUAUCGUUGUGUCUGGUAUAACUAGCUUAUUUAAACCCGCACCAACACCACCACAAGAUAGCAACCAGAAAGGCACCAGUGGCACAACUCCCAAUAGCCCUGAGGCGUCAAUCCCUGGUGACCCCAGUGUCUCCUCACUAUAUCUCACCAACUCUCAAAGCACUGAUCCUGGAUCAUCCACAAGCCUUCCGUCAAUUGCAUCCUCGUCUCAGCCGCAACGUGAUCCCUUCGCUAACCAGCCCUACUUCAACCAACCUUUCUUCAACGACUCGGGCUUGCAAGAACGCCCUUUUGUGCAACGGAUGUUUCACUUCGCCAACAAGUAUCGUUCCGAGGGGUUGAUACAGGCUGCCGCCAAACACAUAUUCUCAUACCUUGAGUUUGGCAGCUGCCUUGCUGACCCGACAGGACUUGAGUCCCGGUAUCGCAAGAUACGUGCCCUGGAAGAUAUUGAUGAUCUCCAAACAGGAGAGAUGAACCAGGGCUCAGAUAGACCUUUGACAAGAGUUCGCUUCGUCAACUACUACACUCUGUGCACCGGGCGCCCAAAAUCACCUAAAGCAAGCCCCGAUGUUAGUAGCCCCCAGCUUAGUACAGCCAACACAACUUGUCCCGAAACGAGAUAUGCCCAGUCGAACAGUUCAGCAUCUUCGUCCUCCGUGGAAUUGGACUUUCUACCAAACAAGAUAAGCAUCGACGAACGGAUCCAGCCCCAUACCCGACAGGAGAGUCCUUUGCCUAUCAUCACCUUGGAGCAUCGUGAUACCAUGGGGAAUUCUAGGGAUCACCAAACUUUACUAGAUUCAGAUGCAAAAGCUCGGGCGUCGGAUACCACAAUAAAAGACAAUCCAGUCGAUGAUUACGAAGCUUUAGCUUCUGAUAUUAAUCGGUUGUCCAUGCAGAGCAUUGAUCCCACGCCAAUUGACGAGGAAUCUCUUGCUCAUCCUCUGCCUGAUACUGCUACUCUUACCUUCCAGGACGAAGCGCCUAUUGACGCCAAGGGAACAAAUAAUUCAUUACCAGGAAAAGAAGAGGCAGAUCUGCCUCCUCUCCCUGAUCCCCCAACAACCCCGGAUAUACCCGACCCCAGUUUGUACACGGAAAAAGAUGAGCGCAAGCAAGUUGAACGUGAGGCCAAGCGCAUUAGACGUGCCCACGAGAAUGCCCUGAAAGACCAUGCCAAGGCAGUACGAGAGCGUGAGAAACUCAUCGAAAAGCGCCAGAAGCGUUCACAAAAGGAGGCAGAAAAGGCCCUGAAAGAAGCUGCUCGACAGGAAAAGGAAGCUCUCAAGGAAUCGCAACGGAAAGAGAAGGAAUCGCAAAAAGAAGAGCAAAGUCUUAUCAAGGAAGCUUCUGAGCACGAAAACGAGGCUCAGAAGAUGCAAGAACAUGAAGAUACCCAGCGGACCAAAAAUCUUGAAAACCAAUACGAACUUGAAGCCGAAGCCGAAGCCGAAGCCAUCACGAAGGCUCGUGGCCUUAAGUCAUCAAAACCUCGGAAACUCCGAAAAUUCUGCAAUCUGCCUACCAAGGGUGGCAGAAUAGAUGAUCCAACGUGGGUCGACAUCUACAUGGCAGACGUGGACGAAGUCGGUGCACACUGUGGUCUUUUCUUCGCGGGGCAACAUUAUGAGAAGCUCGUUGGUGAUGUUGGCAACAGAAUCAUGGGGUGGGUGCAAGAUGACAUGACCAAAAGGACAAUUCAAGACAUGGAGAAGGGAACAUUUAAGUGACCGAGUGUUGAAUGCAUGCUGUAAGUAUGAUCAGGAUAAUACAGAUACCCAUAUGUGCGAGUGGCAGAAAGCGAUACCCGAGCAUUGGGGAGGAGCCAGAAUAAGAUCAAGAACUUUCAGGAAGCCAAGCAUACUUGAGCAAAAGCUUCCGAAGUUAAAUCUGAAGCAGCCCAAGUAUUUUUUUCUUUCAUUUAUAUCAUAACAAAGGUCUACCACCCAACUAGAGG